AUGAAGCGUGCCCUAUGUUGUGUCUAUGCAUACAAUGGAGAAAUAGAACAAGCGACAUGCAUAUUGGAGAGCAUUGACCGAAGGGAUGUCAUGACAGUAGAUUCUUGUAUAGAGGCAUUGUGCAGUGCCCAUAUCAAGGCUGGGGAUCCAGUGAGUGCGCAACAGCUCGUGAAAGAUAUGGCUCAUUCUUCGGAGGAAAUAAUUCAGCGGAUUAUCGAGGGAUUUUGUCGGAACAGAGACGUGAAGAAUGCACUUUUGUGCUUUGUUGAAUCUGUCAAUCCAAAAGCGUUGAAGCAACUGGACGAGAUCAUUCUCAGAAUGGAGUGA